CGUGUUCAGAUUUUGAUUUUCCAUGGAAAUUAUUGUUGCUGUCCUUGUUUACUUGAACAACACUUGGGUUUGUUCUUUGUUUUCAGGGUUUAGAUAAAUUAUUGUCCAAUAUGACGAGAAAAAAGAUUGAGAUAAAGAAGAUACACAACACUGCGGCGAGGCAGGUGACUUUCUCGAAGAGGAGAAAAGGGCUUUUCAAGAAAGCUCAUGAGAUUUCCACUCUGUGCGAUGCUGAGGUUGCUCUUCUGGUGUUUUCAGCCACCGGCAAGCUCUUUGAGUACUCCAGCACCAGUACGAGGCAGGUGAUUGAAAGGCGUGGUUUACUACCGGAAAGGAUUGACAAAUUGGAUUCAACUCCAUCAUUUUAUCUGCAGCUUGAAAGCGCCACACGUAACAUAUUGAGCAAGGAAGUUGCAGAAAAGACCCGAGAACUGAGACAGCUGAGGGGAGAAGAACUCGAAGGAUUAAACCUAGAAGAGUUGAAACAUCUAGAGAAAUUACUCAAAACCGGCCUAACCCGAGUCACAGAAACAAAGGAUGAUCUAUGUUUGAAAAAAAUCAGCAGCCUUAAGAGGAAGGGAGCAGAACUCAAGGAAGAAAACCAGAAAUUGAAACAAGUGAGUGUUGAAUCAUUUUUGGAAACUUGGUUGUUUCUCGUUUUCAAGGUGGAGAACUUACCUCGUGCGGUCCAAGAAAUUGUAGGGCAUCAAGGCCAGCCAUCAGAGCCAGUUGCCCUAGUUCACACAUCUAGAGACCCUCGGCCUCAUGGAUACAACUAUAGCUCUGAUAUUUUCCUCACACUGGGGUUACCUUUCCCUAACUGAUAGAAAGAUUAGAGGGGAUGUUGUGAUGAAAUGAUCAUCUUCCUGCAUAAUGUCUUAUCUUUGAAGGACCAUUUUAUCCAAGUAAAUAUAGAACCUAACUAGUUUAUUUUAAUGUACUUGUGUAUCGAUAGUCUCGAGAUAAUUAAUUUUUAUUGAUGCUUAAGGAAGAUGUUGAA